GGCUGAGCUCAGCCUGCUGGGGAGGAGGGAAGCUCCGGUUGUGAUGCCGCUGGAUGAUGGCUGCUUUUGGGAUCUUAAGUUACGAACACCGGCCUUUAAAACGGUCCCGCUUGGGGCCUCCGGACGUCUAUCCCCAGGAUCCGAGGCAAAAAGAGGAUGAGUUGACUGCUCUAAAUGUAAAGCAGGGAUUUAACAACCAGCCUGCUGUGUCUGGGGAUGAACAUGGCAGUGCCAAAAAUGUCAACUUUAACCCCUCCAAGAUCAGCUCAAACUUCAGCAGCAUCAUCGCCGAGAAGCUGCACUUCAUGACAUUUGGAGAUACAAUAAAGCGCAAACCACAUAUCAACACCAAGGAUAAUUUCUGGCUUGUCACAGCGAGGUCACAGAGCUCCAUCAACAACUGGUUUACAGAUUUAGCUGGAACUAAACCGCUCACACAGUUGGCUAAAAAGGUCCCUAUUUUCAGCAAAAAGGAAGAGGUGUUUGGUUUCUUGGCCAAGUACUCGGUCCCAGUCAUGCGUGCAGCAUGGAUGAUCAAGAUGACCUGUGCAUAUCAUGCAGGUAUCACAAAUGCUAAUGUCAAGAAGAGGCAUGUGAUGGAUCCCUGUAUCGAAUGGACCCAGAUCAUUACUAAAUAUCUACUGGAGCAACUUCAGAAGAUCUCAGAGUUUUACCGACAGUUUCCCAGUCAGGGGUGUGGCUCCCCUCUUCCAGUUAUGCCUGCAGAUGUGGAGACGGCCACGAAGCAGUGGGAGUACAAUGAAAAACUUGCCAUGUUUAUGUUUCAGGAUGGCAUGUUGGACAGACAUGAGUUCCUGACAUGGGUGCUGGAGUGUUUUGAGAAAGUUCGUACAGGUGAAGAUGAGCUCCUCAGACUGCUGCUCCCUCUAUUACUACAGUACUCAGGAGAAUUUGUACGCUCUGCUUAUUUAUCACGGAGAUUGGCUUUUUUCUGCACACGUCGCCUCAACCUGUUGCUAAGCGACGGCAGCCUGGGCCCUGGCGCGGGGGGUCACACGGCACACGGCAUCCUCACACAGCAAGGCAGCGCUCUGCCCAGCACCCCGACCUCCCAGGCUGCUGGAGGGAACCAUUCCCAGACGCCGUUCACAGAUUUCUAUGUUUGCCCGCAGCACAGACCUCUGGUGUUUGGUCUCAGCUGCAUGCUGCAGAGCAUCGUCCUGUGCUGCCCCAGUGCUUUGGUGUGGCAUUACUCAUUAACAGACAGUAGAAAUAAGACUGGAUCCCCCCUGGACCUCCUGCCUAUUGCCCCCUCAAGUUUGCCAAUGCCAGGAGGAAACACUGCCUUCACACAACAGGUUCGUGCAAAGCUGCGAGAGAUCGAGGAGCAGAUUAAGGAGCGAGGUCAGGCUGUGGAGUUCAGGUGGUCGUUUGAUAAGUGUCAGGAAACAACUGCAGGGUUUACCAUUGGGAGGGUUCUCCACACCCUGGAGGUUUUGGACAACCACAGUUUUGAGAAAUCAGACUUCAACAACUCCCUGGAUUCAUUGUACAACAGGAUAUUUGGUUCCGGUCAGAGUAAGGAUGGCCAUGAGAUGUCCCCUGAUGACGAUGCAGUGGUGACCUUGCUGUGUGAAUGGGCAGUGUGCUGCAAGCGCUCGGGCAGACACAGAGCCAUGGUUGUGGCCAAGCUGCUGGAGAAGAGACAGGCUGAAAUAGAAGCUGAGAGGUGCGGUGAGUCAGAGGUGGUGGAUGAGAAAGGUUCUGUGUCGUCUGGCUCCCUCUCAGCUGCCACCCUCCCAGUCUUUCAGGACGUUCUGCUGCAGUUCCUUGAUACGCAGGCCCCCACACUCACGGAGCCGGGGAACGAAGGCGAGCGUGUGGAGUUCUCAAACCUGGUCCUUCUCUUCUGCGAGCUCAUUCGGCACGACGUCUUCUCCCACAACAUCUACAUGUGCACGCUCAUCUCCCGUGGCGACCUGGCUUCUGACUCCCACCUGCCGCGCCCGCGUUCCCCUAGCGACGAGCCCUCGGAUGAGUCAGAGCGUAAAGAGCAGGAGGCUGGCAGCAGUGUCAAGAUGGAGGAUACUGGUCUGUCUGAGUCCAUGGAAAUCGAUCACUCCAGUGCAAACUUUGAUGAGAUGUUCUCACCUCCGAUGCAUUGUGAGUCCAAGGGGAGCCCGUCUCCUGAGAAACCUGUUCAGGAGCAGGACAGUAAGAGCAACUGUAAGGAGAAAGGCAUGGACCCCGCUUUCCCUCAACUGUAUGAGCAGCCCCGACACAUUCAGUAUGCCACUCACUUCCCUAUUCCACAGGAGGAGAGCGCCAGUCAUGAAUGCAACCAGCGUCUCGUUGUCCUCUACGGUGUGGGCAAACAGAGAGAUGAGGCGCGACACACCAUCAAGAAAAUCACCAAAGACAUCUUGAAGGUGCUCAACCGCAAAAGCACAGCAGAAACAGGUGGGGAGGAAGGACAAAAGAGGAAGAGGAGUAAACCCGAAGCCUUUCCAACUGCAGAGGAUAUCUUUUCCAAAUUCCAGCACCUUUCCCACUUUGACCAGCAUCAGGUCACCUCCCAGGUUUCCAGAAACGUUCUGGAGCAGAUCACCAGCUUUGCCUUAGGGAUGUCCUAUCACCUGCCCCUCGUCCAGCACAUUCAGUUCAUUUUUGACCUAAUGGAGUACUCCCUGAACAUCAGUGGCCUCAUAGACUUUGCUAUUCAGCUUUUGAACGAAUUGACUCUGGUCGAAGCUGAGCUGCUGCUGAAGUCGUCCAGUCUGGUGGGCAGCUACACCACCAGUCUGUGCCUGUGUAUCGUAGCUGUGCUGAGAAGAUACCACUCCUGUCUCAUUCUUAACCCGGAGCAGACUGCACAAGUUUUUGAUGGGCUGCGGGUCGUGGUGAAGUCUGGUGUGAACCCAGCGGACUGCUCCUCCGCAGAGCGCUGCAUCUUGGCCUACUUGUAUGACCUCUACACUUCCUGCAGUCACCUCAAGAACAAAUUUGGAGAGAUCUUCAGCGAGUUCUGCUCCAAGGUGAAAAACUCCAUCUACUGUAACAUCGACCCGUCUGAUUCCAACAUGCUGUGGGAUCCUCCGUUCAUGAUGGACACCAUCAGCAAUCCCUCAGCCAACAACAACCACUCUAUGGUGGGCAAAAUCCUCAACGACAGCCCAGCUAACCGCUAUAGCUUCGUAUGUAAUGUGCUCAUGGAGGUUUGUGUGGACCACAGAGACCCAGAGAGGGUGAAUGAUCUCGGCAUCCUGUGUGCGGAGCUGACAGCAUAUUGUCGCUCUUUGAGCGCAGAGUGGCUCGGCAUCCUUAAAGCUCUUUGCUGCUCGUCCAACAACGGCAACUGUGGUUUCAACGAUUUGCUUUGCAACGUUGAUGUUAGCGAUUUGACCUUUCAUGACUCCCUGGCAACCUUCGUGGCUAUUCUCAUUGCGAGGCAGUGUCUGCUCUUAGAGGACCUGGUCCGCUGUGUGGCCAUCCCCUCCCUCCUGAAUGCAGCCUGCAGUGAGCAAGACUCUGAGCCAGGAGCGCGAUUAACCUGCAGGAUCCUUCUUCACUUGUUUAAGACGCCACAGCGUAACCCUGUCCCACAAGAUGGGCUCAAAUCAGACAAAUCAUCAGUUGGUAUCCGUUCAUCUUGUGAUCGACACCUCCUUGCUGCUUCGCAGAACAGCAUCGUUGUUGGAGCGGUCUUCGCUGUCCUUAAAGCUGUAUUUAUGCUCGGUGAUGCAGAGCUAAGAGGCUCAGGGCUGUCGCAUCCUGCUGGCCUUGAUGACAUAUCAGACGGCCGCAAUGUCUCCAUAGAAACGGCCAGCCUGGAUGUGUAUGCGAAGUAUGUCCUGAAGACUAUCUGCCAGCAGGAAUGGGUGGGAGAACGCUGCCUGAAGUCUCUCUCGGAGGACAGCAGUGCCCUCCAGGACCCGGUGCUGGUAAACAUUCAGGCCCAGCGACUGCUGCAGCUUAUCUGCUAUCCUCACCGCCAGCUGGACAGCGACGAGGGUGACAACCCCCAGAGGCAGCGCAUCAAGCGCAUCCUGCAGAAUAUGGACCAAUGGACAAUGAGACAGUCAUCGCUGGAGCUGCAGCUGAUGAUCAAACAGAGCACAAAUAAUGAGCUUUACUCUCUCCUGGAGAACAUAGCAAAGGCAACAAUUGAGGUUUUCCAGAAAUCGGCGGAGAUGAACUCCAGUAACCCCUCAGGAAAUGGAGUCGCAGUCCAAGGAGGCUCCGCAUCCAGUAGCACCAGCACCGCCAGCAAGAUGAAACCUAUUUUAAGCUCAUCAGAGAGAUCAGGCGUUUGGCUGGUCGCUCCUUUAAUAGCCAAGCUGCCCACAUCAGUCCAGGGUCAUGUGCUGAAGGCAGCCGGAGAGGAGCUGGAGAAAGGUCAGCAUCUCGGCUCCUCCUCACGCAAAGAGCGAGACCGGCAGAAACAGAAAAGCAUGUCUCUGCUGAGCCAGCAACCUUUCCUGUCCCUGGUUCUCACCUGCUUGAAGGGGCAGGAUGAGCAAAGGGAGGGCCUUCUCACCUCCCUGUACAGCCAGGUCCAGCAGAUCGUCACCAACUGGAGAGAAGACCAGUACCAGGAUGACUGCAAGGCCAAGCAAAUGAUGCACGAGGCUCUGAAACUACGGCUUAAUCUCGUUGGUGGCAUGUUUGACACGGUGCAGCGGAGCACCCAGCAGACCACCGAGUGGGCAGUCCUGCUGCUCGACAUCAUCAGCAGUGGCACCGUGGACAUGCAGUCCAAUAAUGAGUUAUUCACCACUGUGCUGGACAUGCUGAGCGUGCUGAUAAACGGCACACUGGCUGCUGACAUGUCCAGCAUCUCUCAGGGCAGCAUGGAGGAGAAUAAGAGGGCGUACAUGAACCUGGUUAAGAAGCUCAGGAAAGAGCUUGGAGAGCGGCAGUCCGAAAGUUUGGAAAAGGUUCGCCAGCUUCUGCCGUUGCCAAAGCAGUUUCGUGAUGUCAUCACCUGUGAGCCUCAGGGCUCGCUGGUGGACACAAAGGGCAACAAGAUUGCAGGCUUUGAGAAAGAGGGUCUUCAAGUCUCAGCCAAACAGAAGAUUUCUCCAUGGGAUAUCUUCGAAGGUCAUAAACAACCAGCUCCAAUUUCUUGGGGCUGGUUUGGGGCGGUGCGCGUGGAUCGUAAGAUUGCCAAGUUUGAAGAACAGCAGCGUUUCCUGCUCUACCACACCCACCUGAAGCCCAAACCGCGGAGCUACUACCUGGAGCCGCUCCCCUUGCCCCCAGAGGAAGAGGAGCCUCUGACACCCAUUCAGCAGGAGCCAGAGAAGAAGAUGAUGGAGGUGGUAAAAGUAGAAAAGAACGUGGCUGCCGUUCCCUCAGAGUCUAGCAAGAAGAAUAAGAAGAAAAAAAAGAAUCCUUCCACCAAAGGAGAGGAUUAUUUGAACCGCACUCAGGGUGCCAUGACCUACAUGACUAAUGUGGCUCCAGAUUCAAUGCAGACUCACCAGUACGGUCGGGUGCCCUACGCUCAGCAACCCAUUUUCCCCCAGAACCAGCCCCUGCCUCCAGGUCAGCAGACAGAAUACUUUCAUCCUAAUCGAGGUCCAGGUUUAGAGACCCCAUACAGGCCCACCCGCAACCCACAGAUGAACAAAAUGUUAACCAACCGCCCUACCUACCCAUCCGCCAUGAUGGACAAGCAGUACGGAAUGGCAUAUAAGCCUCAGCCCAGUAUGCCUCAGAAUAACCUGCGACAUCAGUUAGCGGUCAGACUGCAGACUCAAACCCAGCAGAUGAGGCAGAUGGCUCCUAACCAACAGUACCCUCCAAUGCAGCCAUCACAGAACAUAUCUCAGGGCUAUACCACAUAUGCAUCACACAUGACCAUGCAGCAGCAUCCUGCUCAAGGUGGUGGUAUAGCCCCUUCCCCCUACGGAGCCCCGAACUUCCAGGGCAGUCAUCCAGGGGCUGGCUCAGCCGUGGUGGAUCCUAUGAGACAAAUGCAGUCGAGGCCCAGUGGUUAUGUUCACCAGCAGGCUCCGCCAUAUUCACACAACAUGCAGAACGCCCCCAGGUUUCCCCACCAGCCCCUCCCACAGAGUUCUGUCAUGCACGGCCUCAGCCACGCCCAGGGGAUGUAUCCAGGCCUCAGGCCCAAUCAGAUGCUGACAGAACAGCCACAACAGCAGCAGCAACAGCACCCUUUCCUCAGACAGCAAGCACUCAGACAGCAGGCUCAAGUUCAGCAACAACAGCAGCAGGUUCAGCCUCAGCAGGUUCCUCCUCAACAGCAGGUGCCUCAGCAACAGCAGCAACAGCAACAACAGCAGCAGCAGCAGCAGGUUUCAGGUGUUCCCCCUCCUGGUCAGGGCCAAAAUCAGGGCCUGGGCAUGCAGGCGCUGCCCCCCCAGCAGCCCAUGUUUCCUCGACCGGGGAUGCAGCAAACCCAACAGCAGCAACAGACUGCAGCGCUGGUCCGACAGCUGCAGCAACAACUAUCAAAUACACAACCAGGACAAGGAACCAGUUCCUAUUAUUGAUCAUGUCUGUUUAUCAUCUUGUGUCUGUCUGAAGGGUGGGGGUCUUUUCCUUUUCUUUUUUUGAAGAAGGUCCUGUUCUGUAAAUUAGUCAACUUAGAAACAGGAAGCAAAGACUUGGAUGGAUCACCACUAAACGAUCAUGAUGAACCAAAUCCUGGUGACAAGAUUUCAGUUGUAACAUUUUUAAUUUUCAGAGGAGUCAACCUGAUUUAUCACGUUUAAUGACAGAAGAGCCUAUGUAAAAAAGAAAAAAUACAAUUAAAAGAAUGCUUUUUUUUUAUUUCAAUUUGUACAAUUUUUUGUU